AUGCAAGAUCUUAAUAAUUUUGUUCCUAAAUUAAAAUAGAAACUUUAGAAUUUUGAAAAGAAUCACUAAAAGAGGGCAGCAAUAUUUUAUGCAGUAUUGAGCUAAGUAUGUUUCACUGCAAUGUAUUUCUGCGUUUCUUUAUUGAAAACUAAAUACUCUUCAAUUCAUAUAAUUAAUAUGAGGAUGAUUAUAGGAUUUAUUUUUAAUUCAUUAUAUUGCUAGGUAAAUUAAGUGCCUAUUUAUAGCGAAAAGAGUUAAAUUUUUAAGCUACUUACUUUAAGAGGAAUACUGGGUGGCUUGGACGUUAUUUGUGUAUUUACUUGCUUUACACUGAUGAGUGUUUCUGAUGGCUCUAUUAUUGUAAAUACUAAUCCUAUUUGGACAAAUUUUUUAGCUGCUAUUUUUUUAGGUGAAUAGUUAUCUAAAAAAGCAAUUGGCUUUUGCACUUUAUCAUUUAUGGGAAUUAUAUUAGUUAGCAGACCACCUUUCUUGUUUGCUGAUAAUUCUAGUAAUUAAAAAAACUAAAAUUAAUUAUUAGGAACUUUAUAUGGACUUGCAGGUAGUUUAUUUGUUGCAUCAGUUUAAAUAGUUGUGAGAAAGCUUUCUCACCAACUAAAAUGUAACGGGGCUAUGCAUAUGUAGUACAGCUAUAUCAUUUGCAUAUUUUUAACUUCCAUAUUAUUAAUAAAUAACAAUGAAAAACCUUUUAUUUUUAAUAUGAAAUUUUUUUGCAUAAUUACCAUUCUUUCUUUAUGUGGAUUUGCUGCUUAACUUUUGCAAUCAAAGGCUCUCUCUCUAGAAAAAGCUUCUAUAAUUACUCCUAUGAAAUAUCUAUAAAUACUUCUAUCAUUUAUAAUAGAUGUUAUUGUUUUUAAAAAUCAGAUAAUAUUAACAAGCGUUAUUGGUGCUAUUCUAAUUAUUUUUGGAAGUAUCGGAGUUAUUAUUUGA